AUGGGUGUAAUUGGUGAAUCUGACAAGCAAGGAAUUAUUCCAAGAAUUAUUAAUGAUAUUUUCAAUCAUAUAUUUAAUUUGGAUGAUGAAAAUUUGGAAUUUCAUAUAAAAGUGUCUUAUUUUGAAAUUUAUAAUGAAAGAAUUCGGGAUUUGUUGGAUGUUACAAAAACAAAUUUAACAAUUCAUGAAGACAAAAAUCGUGUUCCUUUUGUUAAAAAUGUUACAGAAUUAUUUGUUUCAAGUCCAGACGAAGUCUUGGCAGCUAUAGAAGAUGGAAAGACGAAUAGACAAGUUGCCGUUACAAAUAUGAACGAACACAGUUCUCGUUCACACAGCGUUUUCCAAAUUCAAGUAGACCAAGAAAAUAAGGCUACACAGAAAAAAUUGUCUGGAAAGCUUUAUUUGGUAGACCUUGCUGGAAGUGAAAAGGUUAGCAAAACGGGUGCAGAAGGCUCUGUUUUGGAAGAAGCUAAAAACAUUAACAAAUCUCUCUCAGCAUUGGGAAAUGUUAUCUCCGCUUUGGCAGAGGGAACGAAAAGUCACGUUCCCUACAGAGAUAGCAAAUUGACUAGAAUUCUACAAGAAUCCCUCGGUGGAAAUUCUCGAACGACUAUUGUGAUUUGUUGUUCUCCUGCCUCUUAUAAUGAAGCUGAAACAAAAUCAACUUUACUUUUUGGGCAAAGAGCCAAAACAAUAAAAAAUGUUGUUGUUGUCAAUGAAGAAUUGACUGCUGAAGAAUGGAAGAGACGCUUUGAACGUGAAAGGGAAAAAGUUAAUAAACUUCGUCAACACAUGUUAAUUAUGGAUCAAGAAAUAAAGCGUUGGAGAGCUGGUGAAAAGUUGGCAGAAUCUGAAUGGACAACUUCAAUUGCUGAUUUAUCUGCUAAUUUGACAUCGAAUUCUGAUAUGACACCAACUUCAAUGACGGAAUCAAUGAUAUUUCCACCAUCUGAUCGUCCCAAUCCUCAGCCUUUAUUAAGUUCGCGUGUUGGGCCGAUAAGUGAUGAUGAAAGACGAAAAUAUGAAGAAGAAAGAACUAAAUUGUAUGCACAACUAGAUGAAAAGGAUGAUGAAAUCCAGUCUCAAUCACAACAAGUUGAAAGACAAAAACAGCAGUUAAUGGAACAAGAAGAAGUUAUUAAACAACGCUCUUUGACUAAUGAAAAUUUAAUGACUGAAGUAUCAAAAGCACAAGAACAAAUAGCCAAAUCUCAAGAAGAAACAGAAGAAUUAUUUUCUGCAAUCCAAGAAAUUGCUUUAAAUCUUGAACAAAAGAAAACUGAAUGUUCUCAAUUGGCGACAGAUCAUGAACAGCUUAGCGAGGAAAUUAAUAAGAAAAAAUUGGAGGCAACUCUUUUAAAUACUAAAUUGGAGGAAAUGAAGGAAAUUUGUCUUACUCAAAAGAAAAGAGUUUAUGAAAGUGUUCAAAAUAUGCUUAAAGAAAUGUCAGAACUUGGAGAAGCAAAUUUUACUCUUGCAGAAAAGUUUGUUAAUGAUUUGGAUCAAAGUGAUAAACCAAUAGAUGAGGAAUUGUUGGCACAUGCUCGUAUUUGUAUUUCUAAGUUGAGCAAUGAUUUUAAAGCCAAUCAACAGAAACUUCUGCAAUUGGAAAGUGGUUCUGGGGAUGCCCAAAAGAAAGCUGAUGAAUUAUCAAGAGAAUUGGAUGAUUGUAAACUUCAAGUUCAACAAUUGGAUGCCAAAAAUAAAUCUUUGCAUUCCCAAAUAGAAUCACAAGAAACACAAAAACGUCAAUUAGAAGAUGAAAUGGAUGCUUUAAAUGCAAAAUUGGCUAAUGUAAAUAGUUCUGGAGAGAAAAAUGAAGAUUUACAACAACAACAUCAAAAAUUGGUUGCUCAACUAAGAGAUCAAAUUGCAUUAAAGAAUAGUCAAAUUAAGGAAUUGACGGAAUCAAUUCAAGAAAUGCAACUUGCACGUGAAAAACUUCAACAAGAUUAUGACCGUCUUAAAAAUGAUGAAUUUGAAAAAGAAAAACGUUUGAAGAGUUUAUCGGCACUUUCUGACAAAAGAGAACAAGCAAAACAGGAUUUGAAAGGUUUGGAGGAAACAGUAAAUAAAGAAUUGUUGGCACUUCACAAUCUUCGAAAAGCUUUUGCCCAAGAUUUGUCACAAAGAAUUAAAAGAGCCAGUGGACCUGAAGUUGAUGAUGAAUUUCUUUCAAGUCCAAUACAAAAACAAAAAAUUAUAUUUUUGGAAAAUAAUUUGGAGCAAUUAACUAGUGUUCAUAAACAGCUUGUUCGUGACAAUGCUGAUCUUCGUUGUGAAUUGCCCAAACUGGAAAAGCGUUAUAGAGCUUGUACAGAACGAAUAAAAAGUUUGGAGGCAGCACUUCGUGAAACUAAAGAAAACGCUAUGAGAGACCGUAAAAAAUAUCAAUUCGAAGUUGAACGUAUAAAGGAAGCUGUUAGACAAAGAAAUUUGGCUCGAAGGGGACUUCAAAUUGCUAAACCAAUUCGUCCUGGACAACAUUAUGGUUCAAACGUUGUUCGUCCUCAAAACGUUGGUCAAUCUUAACAACAUAACACAUAUUUUUCUCUCCUACCGGUCUUCAUUUUUGUGUUGGUUGCCGUUAUUAAAAAGAUGCGAGAAGUUUUUUUUAAAAUUAAUUAUUCUUUAAUUAUAACCAGAUAUGUAUCUAACUUUUUUUCUUCUUCCUCCCAAUUUAAAUAACCAAUUUAAUUUUUACUAAAAUCAUUUGUAAUUGUGUUGUGAUUCGUCUUUUAAUUUUCAUUGUUUUUAACUUUUAUGAGUACCUAAAUUUAUAUUCCGAAUACAUGAACUUUUUCUGUUUUUUGUAUGACUUUAACUUGAAUUUGUAUGCUUCUUUUUCCAUUAUAAAUAGUUUUUAUAUCUUUGGAGGGGUUAAAAGAUUA